UAUCCUGUACCUUACUCUGCUCCUUUACCAUUUACUUUGGCAGACGGCAAAGAAAUAAUAAUUGAUGGAGUUGUGGCCCCUUAUUGUAGUAGAUUUAGCAUCAACCUGUGCGCUGGGCCCACCUUUGACAACUCUGACGCUGCCCUUCAUUUCAACCCGAGGUUUGAGCAGAACGAGGUCGUCAGGACUCACAAGUGUGGCAACUGGGGACCCGAGGAGAAGCACGGUGGUUUCCCUUUCUACAGGGGCGCCGCUUUCCAGUUGAAGAUCGUGGUUAGGCAUCAUGCUUUCCAGAUUUAUGUCAACAACAAUUACUUCACUGACUUCAAUCACCGCUUGGCAAAGGAGGCUGUUCGCUACUUGUACAUCGCUGGCGACGUCAGCAUCAACAGGAUUGCUUUCUCUGAUGUGAUUAUUAACCCGGCAGUGCCCUUGACCUUGCCAAUCAGCGGUGCACUGCAACAUGGUAAGCAGAUCGUGAUUCAAGGUGUUCCUCGACACGGUGCACAAAGAUUUAACGUCAACUUGGUGUGUGGUCCAAGCUUUGAUGGUUGCGACGUGGCACUCCACUUUGACGCUAGGUUCAACUUUGGGAGCUGUCAUAACACUGUCGUCAGGAACCAUAAAUCUUCUGGAAGUUGGGGAGGGGAGGAAACCCAUGCAAAUUUUUUCCCCUUCUCUUGCAACACCCCGUUCGAGAUUAGAAUAUACGUAGAACACCAUGGCUAUAGGGUGACUGUGAACAAUCAGCACUUCACUGAGUUCAAUCACCGCAUUCACCCAGUUCAGCGUGUGUCUCACUUGAACAUCCAGGGUGAUGUCAACUUGAGUCAAGUCAGCAUUCAAUAA